CGGUUGGCUAAGAAGUAAUGAGAGAAGCUCUGGUGAUACUUCCGUCUUCUUCCAUUACUCUCCCGCCCAACUCCUCCCCUACUCCGCCGCCGCACCACCGCCAUUACCGCCGCACCACCGCCAAGCCCAAACGAAACCCCACUCAUUCUCCGUCUCACUUUACUUCAUCCAUCACUACUCCUCAAUCUCCGCUCCUAUCUACAUUGCGAUGGGAUUCCGCUUCAGGUAGCUGUAACGGUCUCAAAUACUAUGCUGAGUUGGCGUCCAAGCUUGCGCAGGACGGGAGGUUCGAUGAUUCGUUGAUGAUCGCGGAGAGUGUUGUGGUUUCCGGAGUGAAUGCGGAGGAAUUUACGGCGUUGCUGAAUGUGAAGCUUGUUUCCGGUGGGAUUGUUCGAUUGCUUGAGGAAAGGAAGGUAGGGAGCGUUGUUGAGCUUCUGAAUGGUGCUCAGCAGCUUGGAAUUGAUCCGUCGAAGCUUCUUGAUAAAGAUGCGCUAAAUGCCCUUUCGCGUGAGUGUAGACGGACUAUGGGAUGUGGUGAAAUCGAGGAAGUUGUGAGCUUGAUGGAAACACUUAAAGGGUGUGGUAUGCCAAUUAAGGAUUUAGUGAAGCCGUCUGAAAUUCUAAGACUUUGUGUCAGCCAAAGAAAGCCAAAUGCAGCAGUAAGGUAUGCACAUAUCUUUCCACAUGUGGACAUUAUGUUCUGUACCAUAAUUCUUGAAUUUGGGAAGAAAGGCGAUUUGGCGUCUGCUCUAACUGUCUUUGAAGCAUCCAAGCAGAACCAGGACACCCCGAAUUUGUAUAUUUACCGCACAACAAUAGAUGUUUGUGGUCUUUGUGGUGACUACUUGAAGUCCAGGUCCAUAUAUGAGGGGUUAAUAGCUAGCAAGUUUACACCAAACAUUUAUGUCUUCAACAGCCUCAUGAAUGUAAAUGCAUGUGACUUGAGUUACACCUUGGACAUAUACAAGCAAAUGCAAAAACUAGGUGUUCCAGCUGACUUGACAUCUUACAAUAUCCUUCUGAAGUCAUGUUGUCUUGCUACAAGAGUUGAUCUGGCCAAAGAAAUUUAUGGGGAGCUAAAGCAUUUAGAAAUGGCAGGAGCAUUGAAAUUGGAUGUCUUCACGUACAGCACUUUAAUUAAGGUAUUUGCAGAUGCAAAAAUGUGGCAGAUGGCACUUGAAAUAAAAAAAGAUAUGCUAUCGGCUGGUGUCACUCCCAACAUUGUCACUUGGUCUUCAUUGAUCAGUGCCUGUGCCAAUGCAGGCCUGGUAGACCAAGCUAUUCAGUUAUUUGAAGAGAUGCUUCAGGCUGGUUGUGAACCUAAUUCACAAUGUUACAACAUUCUUCUUCAUGCGUGUGUUGAAGCCUGCCAAUAUGAUAGGGCCUUUCGGCUAUUCCGUUCCUGGAAGGAAAAUGCACUGCAGAAGGACAAUUGUGAAGAUUUUGGUGGCAAGACGGACAAUACUAUUGAUCUCUCCCCUACACUUGUGGUUUCUGCUAGUAUACCCACCCUCACUUCUGCUUCCUCUCACAGACAUUUCUCUACGAGGGUUCCAUUUAGACCUACUACUUCUACCUAUAAUAUUCUGAUAAAGGCCUGUGGGAGUGAUUACUACCGAGCGAAAGCUUUGAUGGAAGAGAUGAAGGAAGUAGGUCUUUCUCCUAACCAUAUAACCUGGACUAUUUUGAUUGACAUCUGUGGAGGCUCAGGAAAUAUAGAGGGUGCUCUGCAGAUUUUGAGAGCCAUGCGAGAGGCUGGUAUUCAACCUGAUGUGGUAACCUAUACAACAAUUAUCAAGGUUUGCGUGGAAAACAAAGAUUUCAAGAGUGCAUUUUCAUUGUUUGCAGCAAUGAAGAGAUAUCAGAUAAAACCAAAUAUGGUCACAUAUAAUACACUUCUUAGAGCUCGUAGCCGAUAUGGAUCUUUGCAGGAAGUACAACAAUGCUUAGCUAUAUAUCAAGAUAUGCGGAAAGCAGGGUAUAAACCCAAUGAUUACUAUCUCAAGCAAUUAAUUGAGCAAUGGUGUGAAGGCGUAAUCCAGAAUGGCAAUCAGAGGAAAUACAACUUCAGCACUCGUAAUAGAACUGAUUUAGGGCCUGAAAGUAUGAUUCUCGACAAAGUUGCAGAACACUUGCAGAAGGACAGUGCAAAUAGCAUAUCCAUUAAUCUCCGGGGGCUUAGUAAGGUUGAAGCUCGGAUUGUGGUUCUUGCGGUUUUGAGAAUGAUCAGAGAGAAGUACACUGCAGGAGAUUCAAUUAAAGAAGACGUGCAAAUCUUUCUAGGUGUCCAAGAAGUAGGUAUGCGUGCUGUCAGACAAGAAAGUGUAGUUAAGGAAGCAAUAAUAAAGCUUUUGCAACAUGAUUUGGGACUUGAGGUAAUUUCAGCAGCAUCUAGAAUUGGAAAUGACAGAAACCAGGAUGGGAUAAACCAUCCAGACAAGCAUUCAAACAUGGUAGAAAAUACAGAAAAAGUUAUUUUACGAGCAAACGCGCACUCUCCAACUAGGAAACCAGUGGUUUUGCAAAAAAUGAGGAUAACUAAGGAAUCACUGCAAUCCUGGCUAACAAGAAGGUUAGAUGCUUCUGUAGUGCAAUGAUAUACGAAACAUGUUAUGUAUAGAUUUGUAUGAACUCUUUUUUUUUUGUAGAGUUCUUUCAUCCUUAUUCUUUAGCAGCUGAAUAGCAUUGUAUACUCGACGAUACCACACGCUGAAAACUCCACAUUUUACCAUCAAAUGUAAACAAAAGUAACAAAAGAAAAA